GAAUUUUUUUUAGUCAGUGAUACAGAUAGGAUAUUACAUUAAAUUUAGAUAUAUUCUGGUUUUAGAUGUUGCAUUUCAUAUUUCAAUUUUAAGCUUGCCAGAUCCACUGUCAAUCACUAGCUGGACAUCUUCUGUUAAUGCUGAGCCAGAUUUUAUUCAAGAAGUUUUUGACUACAUGUAAAAUGCAUUUGUUAUAUAAAUAAAAUUGUAUAAUGCCAACCGACAAAAUGGCGGCAAGCUGCUACGUGAUCUUCACUGAUAACAAUAUAAAUAAUAUACAAGUUCCUUAUCUAGUGUAGUAUAGAAGUCUGUAGUUAACCACGACAUGUUAUCACGUGAAAUCAAAUAGUUUUCAUCGUUCCCGGGUAAUCGAAACGACUUUUCGUAAUCAAUAAGAAUACUACUGAAACUACACCGUAAAAACAUUUGCGGAAUAAAACGUACAUCGCAAACGUGUUUCUAAUCUUGUCCAACGGUUUCAACAGUUGCGUAUUUUACCGAAUUGUGCGAUUGCGUAGAAUCCGCCAUGGCUGAACGUUUGGAAGACUUGAAUUUACCGGUAACCGCGAUCACCCGUAUCGCCAAAGAAGUAUUACCGUCCAACACCAUUGUUUCGAAAGAAGCUAAAACCGCCCUGGCCCGAGCAGCAUCCGUGUUCAUAUUGUACGUAAGUAAUCAGGCGACCACCAUAGCCACCAGUAGGAACAAGAAGACCAUCAGUGCCCAAGAUGUGCUGGAAGCAUUGUCUCAAGUAGACUUUGACUGUCUGAUUGAGCCUUUACAACAACUUUUAGAAGAUUUCAAAUCUACAAAACAACAAAAGAAAGAUACCAAAAAGCCGACUCCAAAUAAAAAUAUAGAUGCUACAGAUGAUAUUAUUGACCUGGUUGAUGAUGAUACUGAUAACGAUAUAAUAGAACUUUGAUUUUUUUUUUUUUUUAAGUAU